GCCGUCUCUUCCUGAGCCAUGCUGGCCCAGGCCGGCGUUCGCCGUCUUCGGCGUCCCUGCCCUGCUCGUCGGUCCCUCGGGCGCGGAAGCUCCCGCCGCCCGCCUGGAUGUCGACCAGGCCCUGGCACAUCUACCUGCCGCACUGGUCCGUGCAGGAGCGCGCCCUGGGCGGCCCCAAGGGCGUCACGCUGCGGGCCCUGCAGGAGACCUUCCUGAAGGCGAGCACGGCGUUGUCGUGGGAGCUGGGCGACGAGGACAGGCUCUACGUCCGCCCCCUGGCGGAGCUGCAGGCGGUGCGUGUCGGCGAGGUGCUCGACCCGGCCGAGCGGGCGCGGCACUCUGGCUCGCCGGACCACCGCGUGGUCGAGCUGACCCAGGCCUCCGAGGGCGCCGCCCUCGCCGGCGACGCGCUGUGGUUCGUGUGCCGGGCCUUUGGGCUCCGGGGCCCCACGGGCGGGCGCUGGCGGCGAGGCGGAGCACCUGGCUGGCGCGCUCGCGCGCCGCGGACGCGCAGGGCCUGCCGGCGCACCUGAAGCUGGUCGUGUCGGCGGGCGAGGCCCUCAGCCUGCUGGAGGAGCCCGCCGCCGGGGGCGAGGAGGUGUCGGUGGGCAGGGAGGAGGUGCUCCGCCUGAGGACCCUGGCGCCAAGGCAGCCGCUGUGCCGGUAUUUCUCGCCGUGCCGGGAGGAGCUGCUCGCCAACAUCCACGCGUGCUUCCGAAGAUGCCGCUUUCGGGCCCGGGUGCGAGGCACCCCGGCCUUGGAGCGCGCCCUGGCCGGAGGCGGGCGCCCGGCGAGGGCAGCCCCCGCCGGUGGCGCUGCUGCUGCCCCACGGCGGCUACUGCAACUCUGGCUUCGUGGCCGCCCACGGCUUCCGGCUCCUGGCGGACGCGCCGUCGCCGGUCGCGGUCAUCCCUCCGCUGGAGGGCGCCGCGCACCGCCUUUUCGGAGGAGGGGAAGUUGCCCAUGCCUUGGCAUCGCUCGGACGUGUGCAUUUUUCCUCCGGCGAGGAC